GACCGGCCGGCACUUCGCUCAGUUCUCCACUGCGCUCCGUCUGAAGCGGAGCUUUCGAGAUAUAUCUCCCUGCUCUCCCUCUCACUCUCGCCCGCGGUCCGCGCGGGAUCGAGACCCUUCGAUCGGGAUCCCGUGACGAGUGCCAGUCGCGUUUCACUCGGAAACUGCGGAAAACAGGAAAUCGGAAUCCCGAUCCAGCCACUUUCACGAAGAGAGGAAAGGGGUGGACGAAAGGGUCGAGGGAAAGGACAACGAUGUGCGAGAGGAGGCUUCUGCGAGUGCUCUAGGACGAGAGGAUCUGAAAGCAGUCCGAGUGAGAUACCGGGCACUCUCUCGAGAAGGACCCCGUUCGGAAACAGAAAGUGCGUUUCAGGAUAAUCACGAUGAUGCCGAAGAGAUUGACCGAGCUAUCCAGGUGGCUGCUGCUGGCUGGGCUUUUGUGCUGCUCGUCCUGCCAGAAUGUACAAUCUUCCUUCGAGAAUAAAACCAGUAAGUUUCAGACCAUUUACGUCCCGUCGGCUUCGCAGAGUACGAAGUCGAGAUACGAAGUGACUACCGCACCGUCCGUGUCCUUUGAGAAGUCAAACUUGAUAUAUCAAUCGACACAAACUUUGUCUGGCGGAUGGCUCGGUAACAACGGACCCACUUCGUCUUCCACGGUAUUUCCAUUGGACGUCAAUCAGGUCGCGUGGCAGACCCCGGAUUACUCCAGAGAUCACUACGAGAUUGACCAUCACGUCGCGGCCUCGUCCAAUCACGAGGUCAUCGUCGGCCAGAACGCAAACAUUAUCGUGGACGCCAAUAAAAAUGAAAAUGAGGAAGUGAUAGUGGGUCAGAAGGAGAUCAGUACCGAGGCGACAUCUUCGACGUCGUUGGAGAGUGUUGCGCAAACUUCCACAAUCUUUACCACGAGUACGGAUUCCACCGAGCAGAAAGAAGAAACCGUGACCGAUGCGCAGUCCUCGCAAAAGAUGCACAUCGUUGUCGCCAAUUCACCAUCCAGCAUCGUGGACCUGGAGAAACACAAGGCGAAGAAGGGUCCGGUCGCCGUGGUAAUGCCAAUGAAUUACGUUCAGAAGAACUCAUCCACGACCAUUACGGAUCCCGUGACGACGACGCAUAAUAACGCCUGGGAGAAUCCCACGACGUCCGAGAUGACGAAGACGAUUUAUCAAGCGCAGAAAUCUCAGUCGCAGCCAGUGAGAAACGCGAUAACGAGUUCGCCGAUUUUGUCGGAGGAUCAUCCAUCCGUUUCCUCCGUACCAAACAGGAUGAUACCGUCCUCGCAGCUUGCCCAUCAGCCUUCGCGCUCGCCGUCCGUACCGGUAAUACCCUCCAGACACGUAAUCCCUUCCUCGCACAUGUUCGUCCCUCCACAGGCGGCCUCCCAGUCCAUGAUGCGUCCGCUGACCAGACCGAAUCACGCCAUGAUGCACUUUAUCGGUAGCAUGCGUCCCGAUUUCCGCCCGAUUUCCUCGCCGGUGUCGAUGUCUCACAUGUCGCCACCUAUGGCACACAUGCAUGUCCCAUCUAUGAACAACGUGAUGUCGCCGAACAUGGAACAGGCUCAUCAACGACCACCUCAGCCAUUCCCCGUGACAUUUACCAGUCCGCCCUCACCGUCGACUUUCAGCACGCAAAUUCCUGGAUCCGACGAGCAGCCGAUCGAUCAUCGGCCGUCUCGAUUGACCGCGACAGCUGUGACUACCUCGCCGUCGUUCACACCUACGGUCUCGUCGACCCAGGAGUACACGACCACCACGGAUACCGUGGCUCAUCACGAGAAUACCAGGCCCGAUCAGUCGCCCCUGGUGAAGAUACUCAACACCGAGGAGACUCCGAAGAUGAAGACGACGUUGUCACCGUCCUCGACGACCCCGCCGCGAACUACGACCGCUCCGAGUCUCACCACCGAUCCAAUUUUCUCCCAUUACAAGCAACCGGCCAAACCGAUUCGCGGCCCGAUGUACCUCAUCAUUCAGGGCCAUUCGAAGGUGAAAACUUAUAAGCCUACGAUAAGCAAGCACGGUAUACCCGUGGAGAACAACGAGAUCACGGAGAGCGCGACCGUGCGGCAGUUGUCCAAGCUGGAGCAAUUGAUUCGGGAAAACACGAAGAACGGCGCCGUCGACCUGGCCGCCGAGAAGAGAAAGCUCGAGGAGAAGGCACGCAACGAGAAGCGCGUGUCCUCGCAUCAGGAGAGCCUCAUGAGCCUGAUCGAGAGCGGCUUGAGCGGCUUCACCGUGUCACCCUCGACGAUGACGACGGAGGACGAGCGUCGCGCGUCCAACUCGGUUACGAGCAUCGAGAUCAAUUAAGGAUCCAGCAGUUUACAGCUCUCUUGUGGGAAGACCAAACUCGACAGGCGGAUGCUGACAACCGGGGAUAUCCGCACGUGGGGAGUAUAUCCCCGUUGUGCGUUGGUGGGGGAGCAGCCGCCACUUCUCAGUAGAGAUGAAAUUUUCUUAGGAACGAGAUCGAUUUAUUCGUUGCUUACGCGCGGUUCACACCGUCAGUCGUUGGGUGAAAAUCGAUGGCCGAAAGAUUUAAGACGAGCACGAGACGGGCAGGUCGAGAGGUCUCAUGGCUGACCCUCGCGGCAUCCUUUUUUUAAUGCGGGAGCUACCUGAGAGAUAUAUAUAUAUAUGUGUGCAUAACUACGACACUACACGCUGGCAAACGAGGUGCCGAGAAUUUACAUUAUUUAUUUUUAUUUGUCGUUCCGUGAUAUUGAGUGCCUCUGUAUUAUUUUUUUUUUUUUUUUUUUUUUUUUUUUUAUUAAAGCUCUCGGAGCAAUCUGAGCGAAUUUAUGUAUUUGUAGAUUUACAGAUAACGAUUGAGUUGUGGUACACGGAUGCAAGUUUACAGUAAGCGGAUAUACGAAUGCGUGUUUUGUCAUAUUGAUUACUCAUUCAAAUCAUCGAAAUAAUUCGAUGCUCGGUCACGUUCAUUACAUAUGUGUUAUUAUGUUUGUUAUAUUUCAAUGCAUAUUUCAUAAUCAUGAAUAAUUUAAUAUCCAAAUUUAAUUUAUUAAUAUAAUUUAUUAAUUUAUUAUAUUUAUUUCGCUUAAUAUGUAGGUUAUUGUCUCUUUGUUUCAUCUUGUUUCAUAUGCGCGUUGUGAAGAUGCAUAAAAUCUCGCGUUACAACGAGCGUUACGACUGUAAUUUGAUUAGCAUUGAGAUUAUUAAUCGCGUAACAAUCGAGAUGAGUAAUUCGAAUUAUCGGUGCAAUUAACGAUUUUUUUUUCUUUUUACUUUUACAUUAAUGAUUUCGCGCAUAUUAUGCAGAAUUAUCGUUAUCUCGCGCGCACAUUCCGCGCAUCCGAGAUUUUUCGAGUAAUUGGAAUUUGACUUUUCUUUGAGAGAAAAAAAAUUAUUUUCAGACUUUUCACAAAAUUACGCUACGCGAGAGAAUUGAAUUCACGACCGCCCCGUAGCUUCUCGUAAUUGCACGCGUGGAAAAAUCGGUUUUGCAUCUCUGUAAUCGUCGCCCCAUCGUUCGUUUUCAUUUUCCUCGAGAUCGACGAUUCUCUCAAAUAGCAGUGAUAACUCUCGCUGUCACUGGAUAACAGAGGCUCAAUCAGGCAGUUCUCUUCAUGUCCUGCCACGCUUUCAUCCACGAUGAGAAAAGUGCGCCAAUUUCAUAUGUGCCAGUAUACAUAAUUACAUUAUAUAUAAAUAUAAAUACAUAUAUAUAUA